AUGAGCGCUGGCUUCAAUAGGAAAUUGCUAUUGAGAACGCUGGAACUAAUUGAGAGGGAGCUGGUUUUUUGUUUGCAAUGACAAUCAUGUGCCUCUCAUCGCCUUCACCUAAAUAGCAACCUUAAAAAAAACCAAAACCAUCGUAAAAAACGUUGGUUAUUGGAAGCCGAAGCAAAACUACCUCCCAGUUACGACGAUCCCCCAAUUUUGUUUAGCCCCAAUAGAACUCGUCGACCUUUCACCCCGAUCUUUGAUCUUAAUCAACCGAUCGACGAAGAGCUAGAGAUGUUCACCAACCGAAGCACUUUAGACGCUUCCGGUUUGAUUUUUAGGAACGUUAACAAACGAGCCACCGUUGAUCCUAAGAAAACUACUUGCAUGUUGUAUUUGCAAGCUGAUCACCAGUUUUUCUCGAAGUAUGGAACCGAAGAAGCGUGUAUCGAAGUGAUGACAAGGCAUGUACAGAGAGUGAACGCCAUUUACAGGAAUACGGAACGGGGUUUUGUUGUUGGUGAUGAUGUUAGUUCGCAGGGUAAUGCUAGAUUAGACGCCGUUAUAGCUGCCUAUGACGAUAAUAGUCUGAACAAAUCGGCAGAUAUUGGAGCAUAA